CACAAUAAGAUGUUUUAUAUCAGAGGUUUAUGGAAGCAGCACAAGGUGUCCCUCAAUCCUCUCUCCUGUGACUGUUUGGAUACCUUCAGACCUGUUUGUCCAUAAUAAAGAGGACAAGGAUCAGCUGUUCUCUCAGAGUGUAACGUUCAUUCAUUCCCCAGUCCGCUGUGGAUGUGAUCUGAUCGGGAUCUGAACUUGAAGAAUGAGAGAAGUGAUUAACAACCUUGUGUUCCAGUCUCUCUCCUCUCCUCUCCAUGGAGCAGUUUAUCAGUGUCUGGGUUCGGGAUCCUCGGAUUCAGAAGAAUGACUUCUGGCAUGCCCACAUGGACUAUGAAAUCUGUAUACAUACCAACAGUCUCUGCUUCACUAAGAAGAUCUCCUGUGUGAGGAGAAGGUACCGUGAGUUCGUAUGGCUCCGGCAGAAACUACAGACAAACUCCCUACUCAUGGUCCAGCUACCUGAACUACCACCUAAGAACCCUUUCUUUAGCCUGAACAAUGCCCAGCAGAUCACAGAGAGGAUGAAGGGUCUCCAGAAGUUCCUUCAACUGACCCUGGAGAGUAAUCUGCUUCUGUCAGACAGCUGUCUGCACCUCUUCCUGCAGUCGGAGCUGGGGGUGUCCCAGAUAGAGGCCUGCGCCUCAGGGAGAACCCAUUACUCUGUGUCCCAGGCCGUGCUGCGCUGCGGCUGCAAACUGCAACGCUUCCACUCCCAGGAGGACCUGUUAGAGACCAGCCGCAAGGAGUCCUGUGACUCCGACUCUGUUAGUGGGUUUGUAGAGCCGGAACCCAGCAGCAAAGAUGGAACUGCUUCCUCACCCCCAGAGACCCUAGCUCUGUCUCUACCUGAUAGGACCAGACCUAACCCCGACCAGGAAGAAACCCUAGCUCUGUCUCUACCUGAUAGGACCAGACCUAACCCCGACCAGGAAGAGACCCUAGCUCUGUCUCUACCUGAUAGGACCAGACCUAACCCCAGCCAGGAAGAGACCCUAGCUCUGUCUCUACCUGAUAGGACCAGACCUAACCCCGACCAGGAAGAGACCCUAGCUCUGUCUCUACCUGAUAGGACCAGACCUAACCCUGACCAGGAAGAAACCCUAGCUCUGUCUCUACCUGAUAGGACCAGACCUAACCCCGACCAGGAAGAAACCCUAGCUCUGUCUCUACCUGAUAGGACCAGACCUAACCCCGACCAGGAAGAAACCCUAGCUCUGUCUCUGCCUGAUAGGACCAGAUCUAACCCCGACCAGGAAGAGACCCUAGCUCUGUCUCUACCUGAUAGGACCAGACCUAACCCCGACCAGGAAGAAACCCUAGCUCUGUCUCUGCCUGAUAGGACCAGACCUAACCCUGACCAGGAAGAAACCCUAGCUCUGUCUCUACCUGAUAGGACCAGACCUAACCACAACCAGGAAGAGACCCUAGCUCUGUCUCUACCUGAUAGGACCAGACCUAACCCCGACCAGGAAGAAACCCUAGCUCUGUCUCUACCUGAUAGGACCAGACCUAACCCCAGCCAGGAAGAAACCCUAGCUCUGUCUCUACCUGAUAGGACCAGACCUAACCCCGACCAGGAAGAGACCCUAGCUCUGUCUCUACCUGAUAGGACCAGACCUAACCCCGACCAGGAAGAGACCCUAGCUCUGUCUCUACCUGAUAGGACCAGAUCUAACCCCGACCAGGAAGAAACCCUAGCUCUGUCUCUACCUGAUAGGACCAGACCUUACCCCAGCCAGGAAGAGACCCUAGCUCUGUCUCUACCUGAUAGGACCAGACCUAACCCCGACCAGGAAGAAACCCUAGCUCUGUCUCUACCUGAUAGGACCAGACCUUACCCCAGCCAGGAAGAGACCCUAGCUCUGUCUCUACCUGAUAGGACCAGACCUAACCCCGACCAGGAAGAAACCCUAGCUCUGUCUCUGCCUGAUAGGACCAGACCUAACCACAACCAGGAAGAGACCCUAGCUCUGUCUCUACCUGAUAGGACCAGACCUAACCCCGACCAGGAAGAAACCCUAGCUCUGUCUCUGCCUGAUAAGACUAGACCUAACCCCAACCAGGAAGAAGACACUCUCAGCAUGUCUGUCUCUCCAUAGGAACAUCACCGCCAACCAGGACACGGUAACUUACAAUAUUCUGCAUCCCAAAUGUCACCCGAUAGGGCUCUGGUCCAAAGUAGUGCACUAUGUAGGGAAUAGGGUGCUAUUUGGGACACUGUGUUUGCUCUCAUUUCAUCUUAAAAUAAGGCUUCCACACAGCUUUUAAAAUAAGGCUUCCACACAGCUUUUAAAAUAAGGCUUCCACACAGCCUUUGAAAUAAGGCUUCCACACAGCUUUUAAAAUAAGGCUUCCACACAGCUUUUAAAAUAAGGCUUCCACACAGCUUUUAAAAUAAGGCUUCCACACAGCUUUUGAAAUAAGUCUUCCACACAGCUUUUGAAAUAAGGCUUCCACACAGCUUUUGAAAUAAGGCUUCCACACAGCUUUUGAAAUAAGGCUUCCACACAGCUUUUAAAAUAAGGCUUCCACACAGCCUUUGAAAUAAGGCUUCCACACAGCUUUUAAAAUAAGGCUUCCACACAGCUUUUAAAAUAAGGCUUCCACACAGCUUUUAAAAUAAGGCUUCCACACAGCUUUUAAAAUAAGGCUUCCACACAGCUUUUAAAAUAAGGCUUCCACACAGCCUUUGAAAUAAGGCUUCCACACAGCUUUUAAAAUAAGGCUUCCACACAGCUUUUAAAAUAAGGCUUCCACACAGCUUUUAAAAUAAGGCUUCCACACAGCUUUUAAAAUAAGGCUUCCACACAGCUUUUUGUCAUCCAUUUCAACUACUGUCACCAUAACUACCUUGUCUUUCUGCCAUCAAAACUGUUUUUUUACUUCUAUUCUUUUCCAGAGAUGAUGAUGAGGGAAUAUAUGUGUUUAUGUCUGUGUAGUUUUGUGAAUAUUUGUAAAGUCCAGAAAUCUGAAAUCUGUAAAUAUUAGGAUCCCUUCAUACAUACACUGUAAAUAAAGUCAGUUCUAAUGGUUUUUUUAA